UUUUAUUUCUUGCUCAUGCUCAGUUGAACAUGGAGUAUCCGUAAUUUUAAUCAGUGUUCCUUAGAAAAUCAUGAUAAUAAAUUUAACCAGGAUAAGUAAUGGCACACGAAUGAUCAGUGAAUUUCAUAUGUAUUUUGAUUUGACGAUUGCACAUGCUAAAUAUUAGCUAAUCACAAUGAAACAUGUGAAACUGAUGUGCAGGGCAAGUAAUUCAAGGAUGCGAUGAAGGUAUUAAAACCAUGAAGAAAGGUGAAAAUGCACUUUUCACCAUCCCUCCCAAGCUAGCUUAUGGUGAAUCUGGUUCGCCUCCAACAAUUCCUCCUAAUGCGACACUCCAAUUUGAUGUUGAGCUGUUGUCUUGGACUAGUGUGAAGGACAUUUGUAAGGAUGGCGAUAUAUUUAAAAGGAUACUUAGUGAGGGGGAUAAAUGGGAUAACCCUAAGGAUCUCGAUGAAGUAUUGGUUAAAUACGAGGUUUGUUUGGAGGACGGAAAAGUUGUAGCAAAGUCUGAUGGAGUGGAGUUCACUGUCAGUGAAGGUAAUGAUGUUGCAAAAGUUCAAUCCAUUAAGGUUUUCCUUCACAAAUUUUUCAAAAUCCAUUAAGUAUUUUUUGGGACUCGAAGUCGCUCGUUCUAAGGCUGGAUUGCAUAUUUCACAAAGGAAAUACACCUUAGACAUCUUAAAGGAAGCUGGCCUCCUUGCUUCCUAACCAGCAAACAUUCCAAUGAAGAAAAAUAUAAAGUUUUCAAAUGGUGUAGGCCAAUUACUCCCAAACCCGACUGCAUAUAGGAGACUUGUUGGAAAAUUAAUCUACCUCAACAACACAUGUCCUGAUAUAAGUUUUCCAGUUCAGCAACUAAGUCAAUAUAUGACAGCCCCUACUUCUCAGCAUCAUCAGGCUGCCAUCCAAGUUCUUCAAUACCUCAAAUUAUCUCCAGCACAAGGCAUAUUCUUUCCUUCUUCUUCUCCACUUCAACUCAAGACUUUCUGCAAUUCAGACUGGGCAAGCUGUCCGGAUACACGCAAGUCAAUUUCAGGUUUAUGCAUCUUCCUAAGCGACUCCCUCAUUUCAUGGAAAUCAAAUAAACAAGCAAUCGUCUCAAGAUCUUCGACUGAAACUAAAUAUAGGGUCAUGGCCUCCACUGUUUGUAAGAUUCAAUGGCUCAUAUAUCUUCUCAAUGACCUUCAAGUUCCGCAUAUCAAACCAACUUUGUUAUAUUGUGAUAAUUAAUCAACAAAACAUAUUGCGCCCAAUUCUUCAUUCCACGAACGCACAAAACAAAUUGAGCUCGAUUUCCACAUCGUUUGUGAGAAACUUCAGCAUCAACUAUUUCAUCUCCUUCGAAUAUCUUCUUCUAUUCAAUAACAAAUAACAAGCAAUAAUUCUAAAAACAUGCAACAAAUGUUGAAUCAAACUUCAAAAGAAAAAUAUAUAGUUGCGAUAACCAAAAACAAAUUUAGCUCAAACUUAAUAAAUCUCCCAUAAUACGGGAAGCGUGAUUCUAAUAAUGUUUUCUGUACUUGUGAGUAUAUAUCAGUGGGGUGAAUGAGCAGUCACCUAAUAAAAAACAUUGACCCCAUUAGACAUCCUAGAGAACUCUCACAACUUAAGCCCAAUAAUCCUCAAAUCAGUAGUGAGACAUCUGACAUCUCAACUAAGCGACUACACGCAUAGAACUUUGUUUCUUAAGAGUUAUGUUAACAGCUCUUCCAAUACCAUGUUGAUAAUUUCACACUAUAAUAUCAAAAGUCAGCUUACAAAACAAUGGAAAAACAAAAUAUCACAACCAAAUAUAAAAUAAAACGUUUACUUGUCCAUACUUCAAUUUAAGUGAAUUUUUUCACAUCUAAUACAAACAUUUAAUAUUAAGAGUUCAAGCAAUCUUAGCUAAGCCUAUUUCUAUUCAUCUCUGAUAGUAGUUCUUACACAAAAAACUACAGUUAAUGGGGGAAA